UCGAACUUUUUAAAGUUACAACAGGAGUUACAGUGACAUUUUUGACUCCAGUACAUCAAAAGAGACAUGAUAAAAAUCUACAAGAAUGCUGUGCAGUGCUCAUGAAAACAUCCAUAUCCAAUAAUGUCAAUCCCAAAACAUCUUCUUUAGAUGUUGUCUCCAUGUUCCCUGCCUGGAUUGAAGGUAAUGGCGUUCGUUCUGGUUCAAUGCUCAUGGUUCUUAUCGAGUCCACUUGGUAACGUUCGUUUUGGAAAGGAUAAAAUAAUUAAUGCUCUUCUCACGCGCAUGAUACAUCAUCAUGCACAUUAACGUGGCACCGCCAGUUUUGUUCUGGUCUCAGUUUUGCUUCGGCCUCAGAUCUCUUCUCCCUCUUCUGAUCUUAAAACCGGAGCAGCCCCAACAUCAAACACUUUAGAUGCAAAGAGAGCCUCCCAUGGAGAUCUAGGGUUAGGUUUUCACCCCCUCUGCUAUUUCUUGCCUCUGCCCCCCUUCUUCGAACAAGAGAUCUGGGAUUGAGGUUUUGGACCUCCACCGCCGGGAUGUCAUCCACCUCCUGGCGCGACGGCUACGGGGCCAUCCCCACCGCCCCGGAGGCCGCGGUGGCCUCCACCUCCCGCGCCGCGGAGCUCUUCGGCCGGGCCAAGGAGCGGGGCGGGGCCCUCAUCGCCACCCGCCGGCCGUGGCGCGAGCUCGCGGAUCCCACCGCCUUCGGCCGCCCCUACAGCUACGGCGAGGCCAUGGCCCGCGUCCGCCGCAACCUCUCCUACUUCCGCGUCAAUUACGCCCUCGUCGUCCUGUUCGUCCUCUUCUGCAGCCUUCUCUGGCACCCCGUCUCCAUGAUCGUCUUCCUCGUCGUCUUCGUCGCUUGGUUCUUCCUCUACUUCUUCCGCGACGGGCCUCUCGUGCUCUUCGGGCGUGAGAUCGAUGACCGUCUGGUCCUCUUCGCCCUCUCCGUUGUCACAGUUGUCGCCCUGGUGUUCACGCAUGUCGGAUUGAACGUCCUGGUCUCGCUGAUCAUCGGUGCCGUGCUCGUAGUGUUGCAUGCGGCGUUUAGGGUUACCGAGGACCUCUAUCUCGACGAACAAGAAGCUGCCGGUGGGGGAUUGCUCUCGGUUGUCGGCAGCCCCACGCGCCGUGCCUACGGCCGAGUGUGAUUCGUGUUUCUGAUGGCUUCUUGAGAUUGGAGAUUUUGGUUUGUGUUGCUGACUAGGGGUCUAGCCGCUGGUUUUGAAGAAAGUUUUGCUGCCUGUGUUUUUAAAAGUUGGAUUUUUGAAGAAUACCGACUCCACCGAUCGUCGUGCCGUCGCGGGGACUGUCCAUGCAUUAUGCAGUGCGUUGCAAGAUUGUAGUAUACAUUUGGGGACUUGUUUGUAGCUCAUGGGGUUAUCAUUUUGGAGCCUAUGGAGGGAUAGUAUGUGACUAAUGGCUUACUUUCACAAACUGUUUUUUUCCUCGAAUCUUCGCCAAAAUGAAAGGUCAAUGAUUGUUAAAGGAAAGCAAUUAAUUCUUUGGAGCCUGAUGGGCAAUUAUUAUUGCUACUACAAGCCUCUUAGUUUUCCCGGGUGAUCCCACCAACGAUUUAUGUGCGGAGCAUCCAAGAAGAGCACUUUGAUCUGGUGAGACAAUGUAUAAAUGUGGAACAGCUUUAUUUUUCUGUCGUGUAUAAUUCUACUUUUUGAUUUCCAAAGGUGAUUCUGUCAUGGAUGAUCGUUUGCAUUGGGAAUUCCAUAUCAGCUACUGCAACUAUUUUUUUUCAUAUUUUUCAAUUAUGAUAUCCACUAAUCUUUUUGGCGGA